AAACUCAAAAGACUCUUCCCCUCAUCAUCUCUUCCAUUUUUCUCUUUGUUUACCUCAAACUCUAAAGACGACAGUCAGUUCACCAUAGCCAUAAACCUCUCAAACAAACCCAAAAAAAACAAAACACAGAAAAAGAGAAAGAAAGAAAGAAAGAAUAGGUUGAAGAAGAUCAUGGCAUUUGAAGAGACAGAGCUGAGACUUGGUCUGCCAGGGAAUACAGUAGCAGUUGCUGCUGGUGGUGACCAGAACAUUAAUGGCGGAAUAGAAGGAAGUGGAAGGAAGAGAGGAUACUCGGAGACAUUACAGGUGGAUUUGAAGCUCAAUCUUUCUUCCAAGGAAAUAUCUCAAAAAGACAAAACUCUUCCGCCAUCUUCAACUACUGAUCCACUACCUAAGCCUCCUCCUAAGGCACAAAUUGUCGGUUGGCCGCCAGUUCGAUCGUUCAGAAAGAACAUGUUGGCGGUGCAGAAGCCGAGUUCGGAGGAGGUGAACGAGAAGAUCUGCGGUGGGUUAGUGAAGGUGAGCAUGGACGGAGCACCUUACCUCCGGAAAGUGGACCUCAGGAUGUACCAAACUUACCAGCAACUCUCUGAUGCUCUUGCCAAAAUGUUUAGCUCCUUCACCACUAUUGGAAACUGUGGAUCCCAAGGACUGAAAGAUUUCAUGAACGAGAGCAAACUUAUGGAUCUGUUGAAUGGAUCUGACUAUGUUCCUACUUAUGAAGACAAGGAUGGUGACUGGAUGCUUGUUGGAGAUGUUCCAUGGGAGAUGUUUGUUGAAUCAUGCAAACGCCUGCGCGUCAUGAAAGGCACUGACGCCAUUGGACUUGCUCCACGAGCGGUGGAGAAAUGCAAGAAGAGAAGCUAAAUGGGAGAGACGAACGUGUGGUAGCAUGCAGCAAUUAGCAGCCUGCUCCUUCGAUCAUGGUGCCUUUCCAGACUCUACAUGAACUAGGGCUAAAAUGGCACAGAUGGAUUGAGCAGGAUGUUACAGUAUGCAUAUAUAUUCUGUUUGAUGUAUCAAUGUGGUCUCACAUAUAAACAUAUGCGUUAAAACUCUUUUCUAGUUUUUAAGUAUUUAUUACUACGAACAGGAGAGUGCAGUAAUAAACUAAGUUUAAA